AUGGACCCAAAGAAGCCAAUUCCUGCGCGCAAGCCUUUGACGGCCAAGGAGACUCACGAAACACUGCAAAACUUGGGCUUCACCAACCCCCUGCGCACCGUCAACAACAGUACAAGAGAUGAGGGCGAGCUCAUUUCAGACAUGACACCGACAGACGCCAAUGUCGGCAAGCCCACUUCGAUCAGGGAAAGCAUUGCUACGGCCAUGAGCUCCAUGCACCUGCCCGGGCCCAAGCCCAAGCGCUCGGCGUCCAACGAGCUUCUGAAGAUUGACGACCUUGAGAACUACCAGCAAGCAUGUACCGAGUACAAGCAGGCACUGAAAGAGGGUUGGAGCAAGGAGCGACUGUUGGCGCUGGUUGAUGCCUGGCAGAAGAUUGACGGGGGAGGAGGCCGCAAAGGAUAGGUGGGCUAGAGCUCACUCACCUACGGGAUUUGAAGGUAAGAAAAAUGUCUUUGAACUUCCAGUAUAUCAAUGUGCAGGUUGGCUAACAGUAAUAGGGUGGUCUGCUUUGACAUGUUUGCGUUUGUCGCGAGACGAUGCGAUGAACGUUCGGCGAGGCUGCGUCGAUACCCACGAUACCCACGAUACCCUCAGACGCGCUGGAGAAGCCUAAAAGUUUUUGUUUACUGGAAUCGUGCCGCAAUCAACUGCAUCGGAAAUUAGGGAGGAGAAAGGCGUUGCUGAGCAAGGCUGGGAGCAUUGCAAAAAGCAAAAAUCAU